AUGAUGUGGGAGCUGAAGUCUAUCUCCUUUUGGAGGGCAGUCUUUGCAGAGUUUUUUGCCACCAUGCUCUUCGUGUUUUUUGGACUGGGCUUUACCAUGCGAUGGUCUCCGGGCCCCAUGAACGUGCUGCUGGUUUCUCUGGGUUUUGGCUUUGUCCUGGCUGCCCUGGUACAGGCGGUUGGACAUGUCAGCGGGGCACACCUCAACCCGGCCGUUACCUUCGCCUACCUGCUGGGGGCGCAGCUGAGCAUAUUCCGCUGUGUAAUGUACAUUGUCGCUCAGCUCCUGGGGGCAGUGGCGGGGGCAGCUGUGCUGUAUGGGGUCACCCCUCCCUCGGUACGGGGCAACCUGGGGCUCAACACGCUGCACGCUGGAGUGGGUCUGGGCCAGGGUACAGCUGUGGAGAUAUUCCUUACUCUUCAGUUCGUUCUCUGUAUUUUUGCCACAACAGACAUUCGCAGAAAUGGAUUCAUGGGCUCAGCAGCUAUCAUCAUUGGUUUUUCUCUCACUGUGGGUCACUUUUUUGGGCUGUAUUAUACAGGAUGUGGAAUGAAUCCAGCCCGUUCCUUUGCACCAGCCAUACUUACUAGAAACUUUGGAAAUCACUGGGUAUUCUGGGUAGGUCCUCUGAUAGGAGGUGCUAUAGCAGCAGUGCUUUAUGAUUUUAUCCUCUUCCCCAGGAUGAGAGGUGUUUCAGAGAGACUUGCUAUUCUUAAAGGAGCUCACCCUCCAGAAGCUGAGGGGCAACAAGAACCUAGGAGUGAGCCCAUCGAACUCAAAACACAAGCCUUAUAAAAAGCUAUUUUAAGAAAGGAGUUUACAACACAAGAACUAUCCUAUCAUCAAGUGACAUUGUGAAAUUUACUU